AUGCUCCGCGCCCAGAUCCCAGAAGCCCAUCCGUUCGUCCUAUCGCUCUUCGGCUGCCAGUACCACGCGGAAUCCCCCAGCCCCACCAAGGCGGAAUUAAUCACCACCUUCACCAACCUCCUCAAAGCCUCUUCCUCGGUCGCCCACAUCGAGUCUCUUGAACAGCAUGGGGCCCUUUCAUCCCCCGGCACCUCACGCGUCUGGAUGACCUACUGGCGCACCCCAGCCGACUUCCAGCAGUGGUGGAGCAGCGGCCCCGUCUCCAGCUUCUGGGCAGCCCUGCCCGACGACUCCGCCGGCUUCUGGCGGGAGACGCUGCAGCUGUCCCACCGAAGGUCGAUGUUCGAAACCAACAAGCCCGUCGCCAACGGCCUGGCCCACGUCGGCCAGCUGGCGCCCCUCACCGAGAAGACGGGCUACUGGGGCGCGUACCGCGAUCGUCUGGCUGACGCGACCCCGCAGGAGCGCCUGGCCUCGACGAUGAAGAGCGGCGUCCCACCGCCCAAGCCGGCUGGCGGCGCGGUUAGGAGGGGACGGGUCUUGAUGAAGGACUUUCCUGACAAUAUGUGCCUCGUCGUCGAGGGCCAGGACUACAGCGCUAUGGGGCCGGCGGAGCGCGAGCAUUGGCGUGAGAACUUUGAUGGGUUGACAAGGAAGUGGGUGUCACACGUCGUCAACUCCGGGCCGGAGGCGGGGAUGGUGUCGGCGAGGCUGUGCCAUGCGCCGGAGAGCGGGGUGGUGGAUGGGGAGGGGGUGGAUGAGGAGGCGGGGAGCGAGUGGUCGCCGGCAUUUGGGUUCAAUCGGAAGGUGCAGAUUUUGUACUUUGCGGAUCUGUCGUACAUGGAGAGGAUUGGGAAGUCGGUGAAGACGCAUGUCGACUUGCGGAAGAACUUUAUGAAGUCGUACGGGCCUGGUGGGGCGAUGCAGGUGCAUGAUUUGUUGCUUUGGGUGGAGCUGAGUGUGGUUAAGGCGAGGGAUGUCGAGGCUGAGUAUGUGGGGUGUUGUGAUGGGACGGGCUUCAUGGCGUAUGAUUAUGAUCCCGCCUUCCAGGAUCAGCAGGGCCAGUCGUCAUGGUGGCCUUGGAGCUUGGUUACGCGGGCAUCUCAGUAUGUCUUCGGUACUUCAGCAUAG